ACGACGACAGCCGCGCCUCCUCCACGCUGUUCCGCAAAUUGAGCAGCUUCUUCUUGAGAAGAAUUGUCUGAAAUUAAACGUUUUCGAUUAUCACAAAUGUAAAAUGAAAAUAUACCUUGUAACGUCAAUAUUAUAUGGUUGGGGAUUUACUGAAACAAAGAGCGUAAUAUAAGUAUUUUAAAAGACGUAUUAAGUUUUUAUAAAACCUUAGUCCGCUCACUAAACAUCAAGUAGCAAUGUUUAAUGUUUACAUUAACAUUGAAAAUAAACAAGUGGAACUCCGUAAGAUACUGCACAAUAUCUUAUCUGUUUAGUACUGUAUUUAGGUUAGAGUUGUGACCCGUCGAUCAUUAGCGGCAUUACUUUAUCCCGCGCAGCGCAUGAUGAUCAAAUCACUACUCCUAAUCUCAUUCUUUUCUUUUUUCUACUUUUAUGUUAACUCAGCUGAGGAAAGCGAAGAAACAGAAUUAUAUUACUAUGGUAUUGAGGAGAGCGAGCGUGGUCUAGCGUCGUGCGGCGCGGGCGCGGCGUGCGCGGCGCUGUUGCGGCGCUACUGGCGGCCGCGCGCGCUGCUGCGGCUGUGUCGCUGCGGCCGACGCCGCCGGUGCGACACCCCCGCCCCCGCCGACCACCACAUACAGCUCAACAACAGAGCCACCCUACAGUUUUGCAAACCGAUAACCGACUGGCCGGAAUGCAAAAUCACGGACGUCCCGCUCACAGUGGCGAGCACGCUCGAGCGGAUGAACCCAGACGAGAUCGAGAGCCUGCACCAUCGUAACAUUCAACUGGCGCCGCCGACCGUGACGGUCACCUGCCGCUGCCGUCAGCCCUUCUACUGGAAGUUGCACGCCGCCAACGACACCCACCACUCGUAUCGCUGCGCCUCCCUCCCCCCGUGUCAAUCCGGCGAGUUCUGUGGCAACGUCAGCGACGACCUCCAAUCUCUGUAUCAGUCGUGCCUGUGCCCCGCGAACCACAUGUGCGUCCACGACGGAGGAAUCAGCCAUGUUCAGAUAUCCGAGCUGCUAUACAGCGGGCGAGGCUGGCGGGCGUUCUGUCGGCCAAUAAGCGAAAGCUACGAAGACUAUUAAGGCGUUUUUCCUAGCAUGCGUGUCGUCAGCCGCGCGCGGAUCCGGGCCCUGAUUCACAAUGCGUAAUUCGAUUUUGAACGGGAAUCGUGAAUAGCCCUGCUGAUCCGCAUGCGGGUGACAUCAUGCUCCUGGUCGCGAGCACGUUGACACUAAAUCAAUGAAAUGAUAGGAUGCGGGCAACUUUCUUGCGGCCCUAUAGCACUCACCGGUUGG